AUGGAUCAAGUUGAAUUAAAUAAUAUUGACCAUGUACAAGAUAGUCCACCUCUUAGUGUCUCUAACUCUCCAGACCAGAACCACCAGCCACUCACUAAAGAGAUCUCUAUUGUAGACAAGAAAGAAAAUGAUCUAGAAAUGGCCAAAGAAAAUAAAGAUGAAGAGGAAAAGCCAAGCAAAUACAGCAAAUGGGACCCAAAGUUUUAUCUUUUAGAACACCGUGACGAAUUAAAAAUUAUUGUUGCCUCUAUGUUUUAUAAAUUUGCCUUCGAAACAUUUUCUAGCUCGCUCAGUCUUGUUGUUUUAACUAGAUUUGAACAUGACAAUGGUGUUACCUUUUUAGCUGUCAUGAAUAUUAUAUAUUUCCUUUCACAAUCUAUCGGCUCAAUUUUGGUUUCUCCAUUUGUAAGAAAUUUUAGAGCAAGUAGAGUAACAUCAGUCGUUAUGUUUUUAAUGGCCAUUCUUAUUACUGUAUUUAUUAUAAUUGGUGCCUCUACCGGUACAAAAACUGAUGUCGAUCAUCUUGGCUCAUGGAAUCGUUAUUUAGUAAUUCCAUUAUAUUUGCUCAUGGGAAUUUUCGUUGGCAUGAUCGAGGUCAGUAGAAAACUUACCCCAAGACAAAUUUUAGGUGGCGAUAAUAAAAAGCUUUCAAAAUUAAACGGUUUAAUUCAUUUAUUCUACGAAGUCUCAGGUACUGGUGGUGCUUUCUUAUCAACUCCAUUAAUCGAUCAUUUAGGUCCAAUUUUCUCGUUAUCUCAUCAACCUGUCUUUUAUUUACUUGGUGCCACAUUCUUCUUUUUCGUAUCACAACCAUUCCCACCAGCCACUAUUAAAACUGCUAAAGAUCCAGAAGCUGAAACUGAUGGCAAAGCUCUUCAUAUUGUAAAGACUGUUGGAAGAGAGAUUUACUUAUACUUCCAUUCAUUGUAUGUUGGUGCCCGUUACAUCCUAUCUGUUAAAUAUUGGUGGAUUAUUACUACCUAUGUUUUACCACAAGUACUUCAUAGACUUUUAGAAAAUCUUUUAUUCCCAACAUUCGCUAAAAAAGUACUUAAGCAAGGUUCACUUUCUGGUAUUUUAACUGGUGGUUCAAACUUUGGGGAAGCUAUUGGUUCAAUUUUAGUUGUUAAAUUUGGUAACAAAUUAAAGAAUCCAUUAUGGUGGGUAAGAGUAGACGGUCUCUUCCACGCUUUAGUUUGGGUUUUGGUUUAUCCACCAAAACUUUCAAAUCCAACUGCUGUUGCUUGUUCUUUUAUCCCAAUAUUUGCUGUUGUUAGUUCCUUCUGGGCCGCAGGUGAUAUUUCAUUGUUAUCAUUCAUCCAAUCAGAAUUCCCUCUUAACACUCAAGCCAACGAUAAUAUAUAUCAAAAAGAAAUUAAUGAUACAGAUAGCGAAAAAUCAGAUAUAUCAGAAAGUAAUGUUACCCCAAAUUCUAAAAAUAGCAAAGAUCUCAGUCUCGAAAAUUCAAUUGACGAUCUCGGUAAAGAAUUGGAUGAUAAAAAACAAUCAGUCGAUGAAGUCAAAGAUAUCACUGAUGAAGAGGACGCUCCAUCUGGUUCACCAUUAGCAUCAGUUAUUGGUUUCUUAUUUGGAACUUAUGCAAUUAUCAUCUCUUUAUUAAGCUUUGGUCUUGGUCGUGGUAUGGAUAGUGCUGAUGCUAAUGGUAACAUUCAAGACGGAUUCUUCUGGAUUGCUGGUGUAGGCUUUUCAGUUUGUGGCGGCUUAGUUAUUAUUUCUUCUUUCUUUGCUAGAAACAAAGAUUUAAGAAAGAAAUAA